UGUGAAUUUGUGAACAAAAUCAUGCUAUAAAGAAUUUAUUUUAGGUUACUGUAACAGUUAUAGUAAGUAAACUAUAAAUAGAAUACAUUUACUGACAGAUGCAUUCAUGUGUAAUAUGUUUGGGAAUAUUUUAUGGCUUUUAAUAAUGUCAAUAUAUAGGACAUUGAAGGCAGAUGUUUGCUGCAGUUUGACAUUAGAUUGUGCUGCAGAAGUGUGAAAACAAGAUGGCCUGAUAACAGUAGAAAAUUGCAGAAUUGUGUAUUAGAUUUCAUUGAUUAUAGAUAUACAUUUUGAAGUACCAUUAGUUUGUAUAGGGACUACAUUAAGUAGAGCAAUGGGUACUAUAACAUGGACAUUCAUAGUUGGUGCUGUUACCUUGGUGAUGACAUACAUUGGAAUAAAGCUGUACAGAUAUUUUAAAUGGCUGAGAUAUGUCCAUAAAACUUUAUCCAAAUUACCAGGUCCAAAACCACACUGGUUAUUUGGAAAUAUUUUUCAGAUAACAAAUUUUAGUGAAUUCCAUAAUAAAUGUCAUGAAGAAUUCAUAGUGCAGAAAAAAGUGAAGAUAUAUGUGUUUUGGCUGUCAACGUUCUUUCCAACUGUGAUGCUGGCACAUCCAGAUACUAUCAAAGAAGUGAUGAGGUCUAAUUCACCAAAGCCUACGGUAGGACCAGGAUACCCAUUCCUUGUACCUUGGCUAGGUCAAAGCCUUCUUUUAUCAAAUGGAGCUAAAUGGGAGAGAAAUCGUCGAUUGUUGACGCCAGCUUUCCACUUCAGUAUUUUGACGGGGUAUUUCAAGAUUUACAAUGAAGUAACAGAUGUAUUGAUGGAUAAAUUGGCAUUUAUGUGUGAAAAGAGAAAAUACAUAGAUAUUUUCAAACCUGCUAGUAUGGCUACGUUAGAUACCCUACUUCAGUGUGCCUUGGGAUAUAAGGGAGAUGUACAACAAGUUGGAGAACACCAUCCAUAUGUAAUAGCAGUGAAUAGACUUGGUUUUCACAUUCAGGAAAGAUGCUUAUAUAUUCACCACUACCCAGAGUUCAUAUACAAAUACCUUACAGCCAAUGGCAGAGAAUUCUUCAAACUUUGUGAUUAUGUUCAUAAAUUCUCAAAAGAUAUCAUCUCUACCAGAAGAAAAGAACUGAAUGAAAGUAAAGAAACAGAGAAGAAGAAACACUUGGAUUUCCUGGAUAUUUUAAUAACAGCCAAAGAUGACAAUGGUGUCGGACUGACAGAUGAUGAAAUCAGGGCAGAAGUUGAUACCUUCCUUUUUGCUGGUCAUGACACAACAUCUUGUUUGCUCAGUUGGAGUAUGUAUUGUUUGGGUAAAUUCAAAGAUAUCCAAGACAAAGUUUACGAGGAAAUUAAACAGGUCAUUGGCGGCAAAAAUACUGUUGACAGUGAAGAUCUAGCAAAUUUGAGAUACUUGACCUGUUUCUUAAAGGAAGUCAUGAGAUUACAUUCGCCUGUAUCCAUUGUCAACAGAAUGCUAGACCAACCUGUUGUUACUGAUGGUGUAGAGAUACCUGCUGGGAUAUUAAUAGAUCUGGGUAUUUACCAUGCUCAAAAUCAUCCUGAUGUCUGGCAAAAUCCUACGGAAUUUAAACCAGAGAGAUUUGAGGGAGACAAACAUCAUGAAAUGGAUCCAUAUAGCUUUACUCCAUUUUCAGCUGGACCAAGAAACUGUAUUGGAAUGAACUUUGCACAGAAUGAAGAAAAAGUGAUGAUUGCAAGAAUAAUCAAAAGAUUUGAAGUAUCACUAGAUCCAGAUCAUGUUGUUGAACCUUUCAUGGAGGUUGUCUUGAGAGCAAAAACUGGUAUAAUGGUGAACUUCAAAGAAAGAGACUUGUGAAAGACUUUUCUGGAUUUUUAUGAGUGCUAUUUUGCUAAAACUGAAUUUAAAAAUAAAAUAAAAUUACCACCCAUUAAAUAUAUUAAAACAAGAAUCACAGUAUCAAGGAGUGAAGAGAGAUUAUUGCCUAAAAUUAUUUCAAUUUUUUUUUUUUUUAAAUCCAUCAACAAGGGAGAUAACUCAUGGAAAAUA